GAAAGGUAUACAGAGAGUUCUAUAAGCGAACAAUAAUAACAUAAAUCCACUAGACCCUGAAAAUUGUCCAAAUUAGUUGUUGAAUUCGAUUUUUUUCCAUUUCCUCGCGGAAAUAUGUCACCAUUCGUCACUUCUUCGAGCAUGUAUAGUUAAUCACCAGUAGGUAGACUUCCUGUAGGUUCGCAUAUCGCUUUGAUCGACUAGUUUUUACGUGAUUAAUUGGGUUUGUAUUCCUCUAGAUUUUGCCCACUUUACUUCCUUUACUUAAUGGAUAUAUCGGUGGGCAAAGAAGCCGAAGAAGUAAAUAACAGAUACAAUAAUUAAUUGAGUUAGCUUCACAUUGUGUUUCCGAAAGAUGUUGGGUAUAAAGUUAGGCUGACUUGGAAUUCUUUCUUCUUGUAGUAGAGCCUGCGUUACCACCGAAAUCUAACCAAAUAUGCUGCGGAAGAUAAUCUUGCUCGUAUUUAUAUGCUGCAUGAUUGUUCAUCUCGAGGCCUAUAAUCCUGUGACCAAGCUUUCACGACCUAUUGGUAUAUGUAUAAGAAAUUGCGCCCAGUGUAAAAAAAUGUAUGGGCCCUACUUUGAUGGCGAACUUUGCGGCGAUGCUUGUAUUAAAUUCAAAGGUAAAAUUAUACCAGAUUGCGAUGACAUCAAUUCGGUUGCACCAUUUUUAACUAGACUGGAUUGAAAAAGAGAAAAAUGCAAUAUAUUAUUCAGAAGAAUGAAUAAAGAUAAAAUUCAUGCGAUACCUAUCAAUAUUUGAUACGUAAACUAAUGGAAAUUGUCUUUGUAUUUAAUUUAUUGAUAUUGUUUAUAUUUUUUUAUAUUUCAUGUUGUACCUAUACAUACUCAUCAUAAACUUUAUAUACAUAAUAUUAUCAAGAAAUCAAAUGAAGAGAGUAAUAUUUCACAAGAUAUGGUUGUAAGAUUAAAUUCA